AUGCCUUUGAACGACAGCAUGGCAAUUGGCAACAGCGGUGGCGAAGGUUCGCUCACCGAAAAUUAUAGCACAGUCCCACGAAUUCCGCUGCCGCAAAUGAGUGAGGAGAACAUCGAGGCCUACUUCCAUGCCUUGGAAUUCGGGUUUCAGGCCUCGCUUGUAUAUUCCGACACCAGAAAAUUCCACAUCGUAUUGGCGAGCCUCCCGCCAAAUAAACUCCUUGAGCUUAGGCCAAUCAUCGAGGCAGCACCUCCAAUCGACAAAUUCAAGUACAUAAAGCAGAAGGUGACUGACCACUUCAUAGAUAGUCAGCAACGGCGCUUGCAAAAGGUGCUCAAAGAUAUGCCACUCGGUGACCGCAAACCAACCGAGAUUUUUAGUGAGAUGAAGCAUGUUGCUGGUACCACACUUAACGACAGCUUGUUGCAUGACUUGUGGGUAACGCGUCUCCCACCCUAUGUACAAGGAGCUGUAACUGCAGCAAAAGUGCCUCUCGACGAAAAAGCUAAAACUGCUGAUUCCACCGUGGAAUCCAUUGGUUGGCAAAACGGUCAUGUGGACGUUGUGUCUACACAUAGCGACAUUUCAAACCUCAAAAGUGAGAUCGCCGAGCUAACCCGCAGUGUGCAAAAGCAUUUAAGCUUGAAGGAUCGCCACCUUCGUUCAAGGUCACCUUCAAGAACAAAGAAAGUACGACACAACGACAAACACGCUUCUUCGGAAAAUUUUUGUUGGUACCACCGAACAUUUGCCGAAAAAGCAACGAAGUGUCGUGAGCCAUGCGCUUUUGCCCAAAAGCCAUCAUCUCAAUAA